GGGGCGGGACACGCCGCCGCCGCCGCUUCAGCUUCCGCCGCCGCCACCGCCGCUGCCGCCGCCGCCGCCGCAGCCGCCUGCUGCUGCGCGUUCGGCGGGGGAGGAGUCGGAGGCGGAGAAGAAGGCGGUGGUGGCGGGUGGAGGUUCGAGCGCUGUUCUCGCUCCGGAGCCGCUGCACAUUUCGGAAUCUUCCGCAGCUUAUCCAUUGUGUGGCUAGAAGCUAAGUUACAUUCAUAAUUCUACUGAACUGGGCAAACUGAAAACUGCCAUACAUGUCACAAUACACUGAAAAAGAGCCAGCAGCAAUGGAUCAGGAAUCUGGCAAGGCUGCCUGGCCCAAACCAGCAGGAGGAUAUCAGACAAUUACAGGCAGGAGAUACGGAAGAAGACAUGCAUAUGUCAGUUUUAAGCCAUGUAUGACCAGACAUGAAAGAAGCUUGGGUCGGGCUGGUGAUGACUAUGAAGUUUUGGAACUAGAUGAUGUUCCAAAGGAAAAUUCCUCAGGUUCCAGUCCAUUGGAUCAAGUUCAUUCUUUAUCCAAUGAGCCUGUAUUUGAAAAAAGUGAAACAGAAAUUUUCACUUGUGGCACAGCAUUGAAUCAAACCAUUGAGAGCAGUCCAUCCUUUGCUGCAGUACAUCAUAGUGAGGAAGGUAGGGCGACCCUAGGAAGCAGUGCGAAUCUUCAUAAUCACUCUGAGGGAGAGUAUACUCCAGGAGCUUGUAUUGCUUCAAGUGUCCAAAAUGGAAUUGCGUUGGUUCAUACUGACUCUUAUGAUCCAGCUGGCAAACAUGGAGAAGAUAAUGACCAUCAUCAACUUUCUGCAGAAGUUGUGCAAGGUGGUAGAUAUCAGGAAUCAUUAGGCAAUACGAUACUUGAGAUGGAAAAUGGAGAAGCAGAGGCAAACACUGGUAUUUCACCACCAGUUCCAUCAUUUAACUGUGAAAUAAGAGAUGAAUUUGAAGAGUUAGAUCCAGUACCUUUGGUGAAAAGUCCUACUGGUGAUACUGAGUUUGUCCAUCAGAACGGCCAGGAAUUUCAGAGCUCUUCUCAAGAUGAAGUUACUAGAAAGAAACAACAAAAUAAUAUUAGCCGGGAAACGCAGACAGAAAAUUCAACUGAAGAUGCAGCCUGUGUUCCAGAGCAUAUUUGUAGUGAACAAAAUGCCAGUGAUAGGGACAGCAACCGUGGAAGUUCUCCUGAACAGGUAGUGAGGCCAAAAGUUAGAAAACUGAUAAGUUCAAGCCAGGUGGACCAAGAAACAGGUUUUAAUAGGCAUGAGGCUAAACAAAGAAGUGUUCAGAGAUGGAGGGAGGCUUUGGAAGUUGAGGAAUGUGGCUCAGAUGACCCCUUAAUAAAAUGUGAAGAAUAUGAUGGAGAGCAUGACUGUAUGUUCUUGGAUCCACUUUACUCAAGAGUUGCCCAAAGGGAAAGAGAAGAUAACCAAAGAGCAGCAAAAAGUGGAGCCAGAGCAGGAAGGCCAAAAGUUGUGGAUAGUACCUUUUGGAAUGGCUGUGGAGAUUAUUACCAACUCUAUGACAAAGAUGAAGAUAGUUCAGAAUGCAGUGAUGGGGAAUGGUCUGCUUCUUUGCCGCACCGAUUUUCUGGUACAGAAAAAGAUCAGUCCUCAAGUGAUGAAAGCUGGGAGACCCUGCCAGGAAAAGAUGAGAAUGAACCAGAGCUACGGAGUGAUAGCAGUGGCCCUGAAGAGGAAAACCAAGAAUUAUCUCUUCAAGAAGGGGAGCAGACAUCCCUGGAAGAGGGAGAAAUUCCUUGGUUACAGUACAAUGAAGUCAAUGAAAGUAGCAGUGAUGAGGGAAAUGAACCUGCCAAUGAAUUUGCACAGCCUGAAGCUUUCAUGUUGGAUGGGAACAAUAACUUGGAGGAUGACUCCAGUGUGAGUGAAGACUUAGAUGUGGACUGGAGCCUAUUUGAUGGCUUUGCAGAUGGACUAGGAGUUGCCGAAGCUAUUUCUUAUGUGGAUCCUCAGUUCCUCACCUACAUGGCACUAGAAGAACGCUUAGCCCAAGCUAUGGAGACUGCCCUGGCACAUUUAGAGUCUCUUGCAGUAGAUGUUGAGGUGGCCAAUCCACCAGCCAGUAAGGAAAGCAUUGAUGGUCUUCCAGAGACCCUUGUUCUUGAGGAUCACACUGCUAUUGGUCAGGAACAGUGCUGUCCAAUCUGUUGCAGUGAAUAUAUUAAGGAUGAUAUAGCCACAGAGUUGCCCUGUCACCAUUUCUUUCACAAACCUUGUGUCUCAAUUUGGCUACAGAAGUCGGGAACAUGCCCUGUGUGCCGCCGUCAUUUCCCACCUGCAGUUAUUGAAACCUCUGCAGCCACUUCCUCCGAGCCUGAUCCUGAUGCCCCACCUUCAAAUGACAGUACUGCAGAAGCAUCCUAAACCUUAACAACUGAAAAGAGAUCAGUCUAUCAGAGUAAAUCUGCAAAUUCCUUCUAAAUCUGAUGUGCAAAUAAUUAUAUAUAAAUAUAUUUAAAAGUGCUAUAUAUAGUAUAUGCCAUAGUUUAGAAAGAGAAUAUUGACCUUUCUAAACUAAAUUUAGGUUUGCAGAAAGUACUAAACAUUUUCAAGCUGAAUGUUGAAGCAGUGCAUCCAUUUUCUUUAGUUGAAUUUGUUUGUAUUAAUUGUAAAGUCAAGCUUAUCCAGCUAACUCUCUCCAGAACAAAUAAUCAUCUAUGUGGCACACAUUAUUGGCUGCGUCUAAAAUACUACCACUAAGUGAUUAUAAUUAGGUUCUCCUAUUUGCAUCAGAUGUGAAGACAAAUGUGAACAGUAGUAAAAUUUGGUUUAAUUGGAAAUAAAACAAAUUCUAAAGCAUACUUUUUCACUGGUCCCUUUGCCUUUGCUCCUUCAUAACCUCCUGGCUUAUAAUACUGAGAUGUUUUCCAGAAAGGUGUCUACUUUUCCAUCUCUUUAAAAUUAGGGCUUUCCAGAAUGCCAGUUGGGGGCUAAAAUUUUGGCUAGAACAUCACAAAAUUUUAAAAUCUUAGAUGUAACCCCCCCUCCCCUGAAGUGGUUAGGGAGUAAAAUAAAUUAGUUAAUAAAACAGUGGAUGUGCUUAACAUAAGGUUAAUGCAGUAUAUGAAGAAUCCAGUGUGCUCAGUGUUUGAUACAAUGAGAUAAAUUAGAUGGCCUUAUGAAACCCUUUCUAACCUCUUACCCAGUCUGUUUCUCCUUGUUUAAAAUUAUACUGGAAGGUCCAAAACACUCUUGGUGCAUCUGUUUGAUAAGUAGUAGAUAUAGUAAGUUUAAGGUUAUUUUGGUUCUGCAGUAUUUUGGAAGAUCUGAAAACUUGCACAGGGUCAUCUUUGUAAUUAUGUAACCCAAACUAAGAUGCACAGCUUCUUCUUUAGGUAAUCACAUACAGUAGACAAAUAUGUGCAGACAUGGGCGUAAUGGUUCACUUACAAAUGUGACUUGAUGUCAACACUAGAGAAUGAGGGCUGUUAGAAUGUCACAUUUGAGCGAGUAAAAUAGUAGAGCACAUAGUGUACAUCCAUCCAACUGGUCCAUUGAAAUAUAGUUUGGACACAUAAAAGGAAUAUUUAUAUGGCUUCCCAAAUGCAGAAUUACAUCUUAUUUGUGUAAUUUCUCUGAGUAUUUAUAUUUUGUCUCUUUUUUCCAUUCUUAAAAAAUAAAUGAAUUUUCACUGUUGGCACAUUUGAAGCUUAAAUAUAAGGAACAUAACACUUGCAUUCUAAUUUUUGCAUAUAUUGUAAAUGUGUCUGGUAUUUACAGCAAAAUACUGUGUAUCCUUUUAUGGGUAAAACAAAAGUGAACAUUGCAUGCACGUAAUGUGGUGAAUUUGUAAUUUAGGGAUUCUUUGGGGCUUCUGUGGCUUGGGAAAUGCUUACAUUCAGGCCUUAAUGUUAAUGUUGCAUUAGCUAGCAUGUUUUCCUUCUGAUGUAUAUAGUCACUGUUGUAUAAACUAAUCUUUGCUUGUUUUCUACUCUGUGAUCUUUCUAUAUCAUAUUUCAUUGAUAAUCAGUUAGUGUCAAGGAGUCAAAUCAGAUUAAAAUGAAUUUUCAUGUGUAUAUGGUGGAAAUCUGUGGCUAGUAUGAUUUUUUGUUUGUUCGUUUUCUUUCAAGUAUGUUGAUCACUUGUGACACUUACUGAUUAAACUUACAUUGCUAAAGAUGUUUCUAUAAUAAGCCACACAUUAUAUUUAGGCGGUAUUAAGGGACCUUGGUUUUCUUCUAGAUAGCAGCUGUUCCAAAGAAAAUAUUUCUUCUUUGCCUAUUUAGAUUGAGCUAUUAUCUGCCAGUUGUUAAGAGGUUUUGGUUCCAAACUCAACCAGCAAUGUUGAGAGCUGAACUUAAGAUAGCUGUUGUACUUUUUGCUUUCCAUCUGUUACUGUCCUUCAUUCUUGGCUCCCUACUAUCUAUAAACAGCUGCUAUGAAGGAGAAAAGUUGAAUAAGAGUUGGCUUCAAUGAAAAAAAGAAUAUUAAAGUUUGGAUUUUUGUCAUAACAAGCUGGUAUAAACUGAAGCCGACAAGUUUGACACCAAAAUACUAUUUGAACAUAUCUUGGGUCCUUUUGAAAAAGUCAAGAAUAAAUAAAAGUAAAUUAGAAAUAAGUAUGAAUAUUGAUAAAAUAUCCUUUAUCUUAUUUCUCUAUUUUAUGUUGUGACUACCUAAUAGUUUUAUUUUUUUAAAUAUUUUCUUAUUUCUUUUAAUAUGAAUGCUGAUAUUUAAAGGUAGAUCUAUGUGGUUUUCUUUUGUUUCUUGUAUAUCUCUAAACUAACUAACUCUUAAGAUUAUUUGUGAUCUGAUUUUAUAUAUAAGCUGUUAGAUAUAUGUGAACUGUUAAAAAUGGAAUGCAAGUCUUUCCAAAGUCCAGGUCUAAAUGUAAUGAUUGGUUUAUUGUUCUAUAACCCCAGCCCAUCAUUUUCCGUGUAAAUCAUAAACAAUAAACAGAAUAUACUCGGUGGUCA